UAUUACACACAUAAUUUGUGAUUAUUUAUUUGCAUCUUUAAUUUUAAAAAAAAUAAAUAAAUAUACCUGCUACCAGACAACUGUAUCAACUUGUCUGCGUUCAAUUCUCUGCUACCAGACUACUUGUCUCGCAUCAAUUUUUCUAGAUUACUUAUAAAGGGAGGAGAAGGAAUCAUGCAGAAACUUGGUGAAUUUAAGCUGCCCCACUUCUUCAAUUAUCCACCAUACUUCACGCUGCAGCCGGUGAGAGACACCCGAGAGAAGCAGAUACAACUUUGGAAGGAGCUGAUACUUGAUUAUUGUAGAACCCAAAAGCUAUUUGUUAUUGAAUUAGAGAAAGACUUCCCAUUGUUCACGAAUCCCACAAUUGAGAGGUCUCUUACUCAUGAAGCAAAGGAUGCAUUCUUGUCAGCAUUGGUUUCAGAUGGACGUGCAGAAUGGAUGGAUAAAAGUCAUCGAAAGUGUCUUAUACUUUGGCAUAGGAUACAAGACUGGGCAGAAUUAGUUUUACGCUAUGUACGGGAAAAUGGAUUAGAGGAUAGUGUGAUGACUGUGGAGGAAAUACGUCUGGGAACUGAAUCGCGUGGUACAGAGUUGCAUGGAAUGGACCGGACUAUUCUUAUGCGAGCUCUCAAGCUAUUGGAACACAAAGGAAAGCUUGCAAUCUUCAAGGGCACUUCCACUGACGAUGAAGGCGUGAAAUUCUCAUUACAGUAAUGAUAUCUAUAAGAGAAAACAAUGUAGAUCACCUGUUGCAGUAACAUGUUCGGAAGCCAGUAUGACAACAAUCUUUUUGUUGUAAAGUGUCUUGUAACAUUUUUCUUUUAAGGGGUUAAAAGUAUAUUGAUAAGUAUUGAGUAUAAUAAUGAAUCAGAUUUCUGAUUUCUACACCAGAACUGUUUUCAGUUGCUGAGAAGUUGGCUCGACGAGUAGAGUGCAAUUGAACAAGUAGAUAGCUGUGAGUUAUCAAAUUCUGUAACCCAAGUCGUGUCUGAUGUACUGAGGAAGACCGGAGCAAAUCUACUUUUGUUGAAGAUUUCAUCUAUCAGCCAACUCUACCUCCCCAUGCUCUCCUUCCAAGACAUAUAAUUCAUGUUUUCAGUUUUUGUGAGAAUGUUAUACAAAUUGUUGUAUAGUAUUAUUGAAUUAAAAUUAUUUUUAUGCAAA